AGAGUAUAAAGAGCAGGUGUUCAGACAGCGAGGCAGAGCAACUGCAGAGUGGCUGCACACAGACAGACAGGUGGACAGACAGACAGGUGAUGAUGCUGGUAUUGGUAGUUCUGUUCGGCGUCUGGCUGAACUCAGCCUCAGCUGCAAAGCUGGGCGUGGUGCAGACGGAGGGGGGGCAGGUGGAGGGGAAGAGUCACAGGAUGGGGCUGUUCAGGACCGUUGACGUCUUUAAAGGAAUCCCCUUUGCUGACGUCCCCGGAAAGUGGGAGAAACCAAAACCUCAUCCCGGAUGGAGCGGAAUCCUGAAGGCGAUUAAAUAUCGGGAUCGCUGCCUGCAGGUGACGCUGCUGCAGACAAAAACCCAGGGCAGCGAGGACUGUCUGUACCUGAACAUCUUCGUUCCACAGGGACGGAAAUUGUCCUCCAACCUGCCGGUGAUGGUGUACCUGUUCGGAGGAGCCUUCCUGUUGGGGGCGUCCAACGACGUGGCGAUCCUCGGAGACUCUCUGUACGACGGGAAGGAGAUGGCCGAAAGAGGCAACGUCAUCAUCGUCACGGUGAACUACAGAGUCGGGACGCUGGGAUUCCUGAGCUCCGGAGACGCCCGACUGCCAGGUAACUACGGCCUGUGGGAUCAGCAUGCUGCCAUCUCCUGGGUCCGCAGGAACAUCGAGGCGUUCGGAGGAAACCCAGACAACAUCACCAUCUUCGGCCAAUCAGCUGGAGCCGCCAGCGUCAGCUUCCAGAUGCUGUCUCCCUACAGUAAGGGCUUGUUCCGCAGGGCAAUCUCACAGUGUGGUGUGGCCCUCAGUCCCUGGGCCCUGCAGAACAACCCGAUGGCUCUCACCAAGAAGGUUGCUCGGAGAGUCGGCUGCUGGAGAACCAACAUAGACUUGAUGAUAACGUGUCUGAAGAUGAGCGACCCCGUCGGUCUCACCAUGGCUGGAAAAAUCGACGUGCUGCUUAUUCUGGGAAAAGGUGUGGUCAUGGAUCUCCUUGAAUUCUCUCCAGUGGUCGAUGGGGAUUUUAUCCCUGAUGAGCCAAGUAAGUUGUUUCACAAUGCGGCUCAGUUUGAUUACCUGGCUGGAGUGAACAGCAUGGAUGGACAUUUCUUCGCUGGAGUUGAUGUUCCUAAUAUCAACCAAAAAAAUGCAACCACUGUGGCGCAGGUGAGGGGUCUGCUGGCUGGUCUGACGAAGGAAAAGGGGAACGCCGCCAUCGACUCGGCCUACAGCACCUACACAUCUCACUGGGGUUCGGCUCCUGAGCAGGCGGUGGUAAAGAAGACGGUGGCCGACAUUGAGACUGACUUCCUGUUCCUGGUUCCCACUCAGAUUGCCCUCCAGCUCCACGCCAACAACUCUAGUGGAGCCCAUACCUACUCCUACCUGUUCAACAUGAAGACUCGUAUCCCAGGAUUCCCUCACUGGGUGGAGGCGGAGCACGCUGAGGACCUGCAGUACGUGUUCGGUAAACCCUUUGCUACCCCGCUGGUCUACUUCCCCCGACACAGAGACCUGUCCGGGUACAUGAUCGCAUACUGGACCAACUUCGCCAAGACCGGUGAUCCCAGUAAAGGCGACAGCAGAGUCCCAGUUCCCUGGCCCGCCUUCACCAAAUACCACCAUCCCUACCUGACUAUUAACCACAAGAUCACCAAGUCCUCCGUCAGCUACGACCUGAGAUCAGACUACGUAACUUACUGGACCAAAACCUACAGCAGCCUGCCAACAAUCAAGAGGGAAGAAGAGGAGGAAUAAGAUGGAGGGAUGAAGAGAGGAGCUGUCUGUUUAAACAGCAAAAGACAGUCUAAUUGAACCUGUUGAGAAGCUCCGUUCACAUUGCUGCUGCUUUUUAUUCUGAACGUUUCUUCCCCUCAGUAGUAAUUUUAUAUAAUAAUAAUAUAUUCAAACAUGUAAGCUGCAUUAUUAACAGUAUUAAGAGAACGGAUGGUGAGACAUAAAGAAAUAAAACAUCAGUAAGGAAUUAAUGAGCAUAUUAGCAUUAAUCUGACCUGUGUAAUAAAGGAAGCUGAACUCA